CGAGCAUUUUAUGGAGUUGUCUCUGCUUUUCCGCGCCCCGAACGUGUCCUCUAACCUCCGACAACAGCCCAAUACUGAGGUGGAAGGAUAUAUGCUGCUGUUGGUAUCGCUACCAGUAACUAGUCCUAUCUCAACGUUGCUGCUAGCUUUGAGGCCAAGUAGUCGUCGCGAGAGACGAAAACAACUGUGUGGAAAAAGUCGUGAAGACCGUGCAGGACAGCACUCCUGUGCCUGUAGUCGAGUCUCCUUCCUGCUUUUGUUGUUGGCCGAUUCCGUUUCAUGUAGUCAUCAGUGGCGAAACGAGGUGCUUCGCUGGCACGCAGAAUGGCAUCGACGGGCCGAGCAUCAGCGAAUGAUGUUGCUGGUAGUAGUCUACUGGAAGCUGCAGAGGACGGAGCGUCGACGUCUGGCACUGCAGGGAAUGCAAGCACGAGACCGCAGCAGGAGACCGAGGAUCCAUCAAUUGCGCAGGCUAGACGCCACAUCAAGGAGAGUCUCUGCGUGACCAGCGGGCCGAAACUCGACCGGGAAAAUGAGCAGGACGAACGACUGAAGGAGAUGAGCCAGACGUCCAUGCUGUUGAAGUCGAUGCGCUUUGUGUCGGCAUUCCUCUUGUUCCUGGCCAUCAUGGUCUGUGUCCUUGCCAGCAAGACAGCUUUCUUUGUGGUCGUUUUCAGGUUCAGAAACUCAUUGAAUGCAACAGGAGUGGCGAAGCCACUGACAGACACCCUGGACCUACCGAGAGAAGCAGGCAUCACGUUUGCCACCCUCUUCAUCCUCCUGGUCACGCCCCACGUCUUCAUUCUCCUUUGGUCAUUCUGGAGCGGCUGUCUUGGCAGGAAGACUGACAACUACCCAUGGCCGCGGAGGGAGGCCAGGCUGUGGGCUGUUCUUGUUGGUAUCCUUGAGUCACUUGGCAUGGUCCUAUUCGUCUUGGGAGCUUGCGUUGAUCUGCCCACUCCAUUGGCCAUCGCACUUUCCAGCGGAGUUCUCUUCUUCUCAUUGCUAUGCCCAUUCGAGUCGUUUUCGCUGAGUUACACUGGAAUGCCAUCACGGGCACCACGUACUAGGGGUGGCGAGUCUGAUGCUGCCCCAGCCCUGAAGAAGUCACCUGUGAGAAGGCUAAUUUGGUUAAGCAGCUUGUUGCUCCAGGUUGGAAUUCUGGUAGCAGUGCCCAUUGUUCUGGCUGGGAGUCUGCAUGAGAAGAUAUUGGAAGGCAACAAGAAGUGGCGCUUAGCUUGUAUCCCUCUGUCAGUUGUUUGCUUAUCAGCUAGCUGGUCAGGGUAUCUGCAGCACAAAGUGAAUGAUUGCGACAUGAAGGGUGCCAUCAAUCCGUACAGGACAGCCCGCUGGAAAUCUGCACUCAUUGCCAGCGCUGUGAAGCUUGUCACCACCAUUGCCUUUCUAUUCAUCUUUGACCAGGUGUUCGGUUACAGGUCGGUGGAGCACGUGAAGCAGGGCUUUCAGCUGCUACACGGCGACUAUGACAUGACCGUGGCUAUCCUGGUGCACGUCCUCUGCGGCCUACUGUCCUACGUUCUGAUCUGUGCCGCGUGUGGCAUGACCCUGCACCGCUGGUCGAUGGUAUUGCCACUGUUGACCACCACACCUCUGUGCAUCAUACUCUCCGUGGCCCUUUGCGAGAGCUCUACCUUUCAUCUGGGACAAAUCGGCCAUGGCAUUUGGAGCGGCUAUAGUUUCUGCACCGACCACCAGCUAAUAGAAGACAAUGCCGUCGCCUUUUCGCUGCUGUGCAUCCUGUGGCUAACCCAGGUUGCAUACGCGUUCAUUUUUGUUACACCAGUCAAGGUGAUUGAUCUGAGCAAAGAAGAGGUCAUGUUCCACACUCCUGGUUACAAUCCCAUGUUCCUCGAUGCGUUCACAUUUGUCAAUUGGCGCGUGGAUCACAUUGUACCGCCGCCCUAUCGUGCGCGAAAGCACGGGAACGCCACAGGCGCUGCUGCCAAUGGUACGUCCUCAGUCAACACCACAGGCUACUCAACUUCAAUGGGCGCCCAGCAAGACCCGCAAGAAAAGCCCAGGAAAAAGAGAAAGGUGUACAUCUGUAGCACAAUGUACCGUGAAGCGGAUUAUGAGCAGGAGAACUUACUGAAGAGCAUCCUACACGUUCAUAAAGCCAUUCAAGAUGGGACCGCCGAGCAGGACCAUCUGGAGUUUGAGUCUCACGUGUUCUUUGACGGCGCUGUCAGAGGCAAGACCUACAACGACUUUGUUUUGCAGCUAUUCAGCUUGGUGGAGACAACGCUCGGCUUUGAUGUAAAGCAUGUGGACAUGCUGGAAACGCCGUAUGGAAUGCAAGCCAACUGGAACCGACGAGCACCUGGCAGCAGCAGUGAUGGCGAGGAUUCUAAUCAAGAUGGCAUACGGUUCACUGUGCACUUGAAAGAUGGACACAAGUUCAGGAACAAGAAGCGCUGGAGCCAAGUCAUGUACAUGUCCUACGUGCUGGAUUACUGCUGCCGUAACGACAAAGAGCGCCGCAUGGAUCAGUCUGGUGCCGUCGACGGUUCUACUGAGCCCAGCGACAGUGACGGCGGUGGUGACAGGAUUGAAGACACGUUCAUCUUGACUACAGAUGCCGACAUUGUUUUCUCCUACAGCUCGGUGAAGGCUUUGCUUGACAUGAUGUCCAGAGACGACGGCGUUGGUGCAGUGUGUGCUCGCACUCAUCCCACUGGAAGUGGUCCCCUUGUGUGGUAUCAGGUAUUCGACUACGCUAUCGGUCACUGGUUUCAGAAGACGGCGGAGCAUGUCAUCGGCUCAGUGAUGUGCUGCCCGGGCUGUUUCUCAGUGUUCCGUUGCCGAGCUCUGCAGGAUGUCUUGCACAUCUAUGCAACCAAGGUAGAGCAUGCCACAGAGUUUCUGACCAAAGACAUGGGCGAAGACAGAUGGUUGUGCACACUGCUGGUGGAGAAGGGCUGGCAGUUGGUCUACUGUGCUGCAUCCGAAAAUCACACAUUCUGCCCGGAUAACUUUGAGGAGUUCUACAAGCAGCGGCGUCGCUGGAUCCCCAGCACCUUGGCCAACCUGGGACUUUGUGUGGAGCACAGCAAGAAAAUUGUACAGAACAAUGACUCGGUGGGCUGGUGGUUCAUCCUCUAUCAGGCUCUGAUGAUCUUCAGCACUAUCAUUUCACCAGGCACGAUCGUCUUACUGAUGUCCAGUGGCCUAGUGUAUGCGUAUGGUUGGAACAACAUUGCAAGUCUGGUUUUCAUCAGUCUGGUCACGGUGGCGUUUGGUGUGAUAUGCAUCUCGUUCAAGCAGUAUGAAAUGGCGGCUGCCAAGCUUCUGACGUUCAUCUUUGCUAUUCUGAUGGUGGCGGUCUUCGUUGGAGUUCUCCGGCAGAUAAGUCUAGAUGCCGGAACAGAGAAUUGCGAUAAGAUAUGUGAACCUCUGAAGAAUGAGUCGUACAUUCCAUCACCCGGCGAUAAUUGUCAUACCGGCUAUGAACUGGUCAUGUACAACUGCACACACAAUUCAUUCUUUGGUGCUCCGGUUGGUAUCACGACAAUAUACCUAGGAUCGCUGACAGGAAUGUUUGUGAUCGCGGGCUUAGUGCAUCCCACCGAACUCUUCUGUCUGGUGCACGGCGUAUGGUACCUUCUCUGCCUGCCCUCCGGCUACAUCUUCUUGUUUGUCUACUCUCUGUGCAACAUGGACUCGCAGAGCUGGGGUACCAGAGAGGCCAAAACAGCCAGCGGACCCUCUGGGUCUGGUACAUGGCAGGAGACAAUACAGAGCCGUUUAAAUUGGCUGCGUGAGACAUUUGGUGGACUCCACGACAACGGUGGUUACCGGGGCAUACCUGCCACUGAUACCGCUGCUGUUGAAGCUGCUAUGCCUCGGCCUAGUCACCCUCCGCCAGCCAAUCAACCGACAUUGAUACCUGCAGCCACUGGUCAGCAGCAGCAGCAGCAGGUACCCUCAGCUGUUGAUGCAGCCGUAGUCACAGCUACCACCACAGGUACUACCAGCUUGCACGUAGCACCAGAAACGGCUGCAGAACAUGUUCAUGAGGUCCAGGAAACUGCAGCUACCGUACCGGAAGCCAGUCACCCUAGCGCCACUGCUCAAGGUGUGCGCGAAGGGAGAACAAGGAGUUUGCGUGAAGCUACUUCUUCCUUACCAUCUACAGGACAUGCAGGCGUACAACAAGCGUCUCAGACUAGUCGGCAGUCUCAGCAGGACCGGUCUAGAGAGCCGGAGCAGGCCAUUCUGCCUUGCUUGCUAGUCGACCGCACUCAUAUCAGCACCUUUCUGGCCAAGUACAAGCUUGAGAAUCUCGCUGGUCGAUUUGAGGAGGAGGGAUAUGAUGAUGCCAUGUUUCUUGUAGGCAUGUCUAAAGAUGAAAUGGCACGGCUGGGAGUGGAGCUGUCGGUGCAUCGUGCCCAUCUCAGUCGUGAUAUCAAGGCAUUACCUCCCGUGCCGUUCGAGCACGGUGUACCCGACAGUAUCGAGAGCUGGCUGAAAGCAAUUGGCUUGCCAAUGUACAGUCAGAAUUUCCAAUCCCGCAGUUACAUCACGAGCACAGGAGAUGACAACAUUGAGGGAAUCAAGGAGCUGACUAAGGAGAAACUAAUUGAAGAAAUCGGUAUCAGAAAGCGAGGACACCUGAAGCAUAUAGUGAAGGCAAUUGAGUUCAUCCGCUACCCCACAGAGCGUGAGCUGCGCAUCAAGGAAGUGCGCAAGAAGAUUGCCGGCCGCAGUGACCCGACUCUGGCCAGGGAGCAGGAGAACAGGGCAGAGCUGCUCUUCUGGGAGGCACUCCGCGACGCCUGCAUGAAGCCGGAGAUGGCUGCACUGGGUAUCAACAAGGAAAUUGGUGAGAAGCUGGUGGAGUUACGCAACUACUCCAUUAUGACCGUCGCUAUUGCCAAUGUCCUGUGGAUGGUCAUCAUACAAACGUUAGCCAUGCAUCCAGAGCUUAAUGUGGCAGACACGAAUCCUAUUGGCUUACUGUUUCUACUAGUGUAUGGACUGGUGUACGCAACACAGUUCAUCAGUAUGCUGGUGCAUCGCUUGAUUACUAUCAUGCACAUGCUGGCAUCAGCCAAGGAGGCUGGCAGUAUCGAUCCCAUCGUUGUGGUGGAAAUUCCUGCUGGAGGAGACGGACACCUAACAACAUCGGAGAUGAGCCGCAAUGACAGCUUCAGUCCGCCUGGUUACCAGCUGUUGAAUGACAGUGGUGAUGAUCCAUACCAGAUGCAGCCGCUUCUCUCUCAGCCUGGGGGCUAUCAACGCAGUUCUGCAGUGGCCAUGGUGUCUAAUCCACGCACACAGCGGGCUGCCACCAACAGGAACAAGCGACGGUGACGACAGUGCUCCAGGCUCAUCCCACAGCAAGUCUGCUAUCACACCGCAGCUUAAUCUUGAUCCAGUUUACUAUUGUCAUUGCACGACGCCUCGUAUUGUGCCCUCCAUAACAUGCAUGAAGCGCUGCUUGAGAAUGCUUGCAGUGCAUGCUCUCAACAUUGAAACCCCGCAUGAGAAUGCUUGAAGUGCAUGCUCUCAAUAUUGGCCCCGCCUGCCGGAGAAUGCUUGAAGCGCAUGCUGCCCACAUUCCAAUGCUAGCAAAGGUAGGCCGGCCUCCUGAGUACUGCUAUGAUGCUGUUGGUAGCACUGUAGCUACUAAAUCAAUACAGAAAAACUAUUUUGCAUUUUAAAAGUUCCAAUUGUUGCUGUUUUAACCUACUGAAGUAACUGGACAGAACAUGACCAGAAACUAUCAGCAGAUGUGUGGUUAUGAAAUAGCACAAAGCAUGCAAAUGCGAAGCCCUCAAGCUGCCUGUGUAGUUGGAACACCACUCAUUCUUGGCCAAAUAUGGGAACUUGGAUCCGAAGAAACUGGGCGAAGGAGAAACCGCCUACUGUUUCCUACUUGCCAGUUUUGGUGCAACGUGUGCUGAGAAUAGUGAAAGGUAGCAUGUUUGCUGAGCGGAGAGAUUGAAUAGCCAACAACAGACCAGGGUCUGUUUAGGAAAAGUGAACAACCAAAGAAAAUAGGCUACAGCCACUGUGCAUUACAAAGCUUAUAGGAUUCUAAUUCCACCGCAUGCUUGUAUGCCAUACUAGCACACGUAUGAUAUCGAACGGUAAUCAUGAAGCAUAGCCGAGUGCAUGAUGCUGCAUACAGGGAUUGGCGAUGCAAAGAAUGCAAAGAAAAAGGCA